AUGUCUCCCUUACAGAUGACAAUUAUGGAAGUAAAUAAUCAUUUUCCUGUGUUCUUUCCUCUUUUCUUCAUGCUCUCUUUCUUACUUUCUCUCUCCUUCUCUCUCUCUCUCUGGUUUUCCGCUCUCCGUUUUCGCUCUCUCUCUCUCUCUCUCUCUCUGUAUCUCUUUAUGUCUCUCUGUGUAUCUCUCUAUCUCUGUCUGUUUCUCUCUCACUUUUCCUCUCUUUCUGUAUCUCUCUAUUUCUCUCUGUAUCACUCUUUCUCUCGUUGCUUCUCUCUCACACUCUGCUUCUCUCUCUGUUUCUCUCUCUCUCUGCUUCACUCUCUCUCUCUGUUUAUCUCUUUGUACUUCUCUCUCUCUCUCUUUGUUUAUUUCUCUCUCUCCCCGUUCCUCUCUCUGUUUCUCUCUGUUUCUCUCUCAUUCUGCUUCUCUCUCUAUCUCUCUCUGUUUCUCUCUCUGUUUCUCUGUGUGUUUCUCUCUCUCUCUGCUUCUCUCUCUGCUUCUCUCUAUCCUUCUGAUUGUCUCGUCCUGUUUCUCUAUCUCCCUCACAGCUUAUUUCUCUCUCUCUCUGUUUCUCUCAAGAACUCGGAUACAAAGACACACCUUUUUUGGUACACAUUAAAUACUUCCAUUUUAUUCAACACUCAAUUCUGCUUGCGUCAGUGUCGCAAAAUCUGA